GUCCGAAAGGUCUGACGAUGACGAGAAGAAAGAGAUGGAAGUCCAAGCAAGGCAUCGCUUGUUCAGGAUGAAUUCUCGAGUGGUAGGUUGGAGCUUACGUAUUUUGUGCGUUCAUUCGGUUAAGUUGCAUAUAGGGCUUCUUGGUCAUGAGGUAGAACGCGAUCAUUGUAGUGGAAAAUUCUUUAGAACAGAAACUGCAAAGUCUAUUGGAAUAGGUACAGGCAACCAUAAAGUGGUACUUGGUUUUUCAGUAUUGAAGAUCAUUAUCAUGGUUAAG